AUGGCCAAGGACGAUGCCGCGCGCCGGGCCGAAGCGGUCCAGGCCCAUAUCGAGUUUGAAGAAGAUCCUCAUCGCGCCGCCGUCGAGGACAAUCCGGCCGAGAUAGGCGUGGGCUACAGGACCUGGCUUGCCAUCUUUUCCAUGGCAAUGUCCUUCGGCCCUGCGGUCGGUCUCCCCUUUGUUUGCGCAGCCGCCGUCGUCGUCCAAAUAUCGCAAGACAUCGGCGGCGCAGAUAAAAUCGCGUGGGUUGUGGGUGCGUGGUCGUUGUCCACGGCAGUCUCCUUCUCCCUCGGCGGCCCCCUGAGCGACGUCUUUGGUCGGCGGAGUCUUAUCCUCGGCGGCCAGGCUGUCGUCACGAUAGGCAACAUCGUCGGCGGCACUGCGCAGAGCAUGAACAGUUUGAUUGCCGCUGAGACGCUCAUUGGCGUCGGUACCGGCUUUGUCUUUGUGUCGUAUGCCGGCGUCCCCGAGAUGCUCCCGAAUAAAUGGCGGUCUCUGGGGUUGGGAAUUCUCGAGGGUGGUAUCUCUAUUCCUUGGGGCGUGGUUUCUGUUCUCCUCGCAAACGCACUGUACCAGUACGCAUCCUGGAGAUGGAUCUUCUAUAUGGGAAUCAUCGUCGAAGCCGUGGCUCUUGUCGGUACUGCCCUCUUCUACUGGCCCACGCCCCGACCCCGCGGCGACUUCGACAAGUCGCGAUGGACGCAGUUUAGAGAAAUCGACUGGAUCGGCUUGUCUCUCUUCACAGGUGGCCUGACGACAUGCCUCAUCGGUCUGACCUGGGGAGGCACCGCUGCUUAUCCGUGGAAGAGCGCCGGUUCCAUCGUCCCUAUUGUUGUUGGGUUUCUUGCACUUGCCGCUGCCUUUAUUUACGACUUCUAUUGGGCUGCGGCUCCAGUUUUCCCCCCAAAGCUGUUUAAAAUGGUCCGCGGGUAUCUGCUGAUCUUGGUUGUUUUGUUUAUCUCAGGCAUGAACUUCAAUGCCAUGUCGGCCUUGUUACCUCAGGGUUCGCUUUAUAUGUUCACCACAGAUGGUAUCGAGAUUGGUGUGCUUUCACUUCCGAACACCCUCUUUUCCGGAGUGACGGGAGUUCUUGUCCCGCUCUUUGCGCACAGAAUUCGAUAUAUCAAGUGGCAGCUCGUCGUCGGGACGGCGUUGCAGGCGAUCUUUAUUGCAGCCACCGCAGCCACCGUCAACCCUAACCACAAAUUGGCAUGGGCAUUCGUACCAGCAUUUGGCGUCCCUAUGUUCGUCAUGGUUACUAUUCUCAGCUACGCCAUCUCCAGUCUGCAUGUACCGCACUCCCACCUGGGCGUUGCCAUGGGUCUCCUAGGGACUUUCCGAUCCGGAGGCGGUGCGGUGGGCAAUGCAAUCUUCAAUACUAUCUUCCAAGAUAAGUUCCGGACCUAUGCUGGAGAGGAGAUCUCCCAGGCGGCCCUCAACAGCGGGCUCAAUGCUACAGAUUUGGGGGCCAUUAUCCCACAGACCAUCGAAUACAAUUUGGGCGUGCCUGGAACCUUGGUUGACAUUCAAGGAAUGACGCCGGCUAUUCAAGCUACCCUUCGAGCAGCGGUCCGCACUGCAUAUGGCCGAGCGUUUCAAUUCGUCUUUUACAUCACCAUUCCAUUCAGUGUGAUUGCACUUAUUUGCUCUCUGUUUGUGGAGGAUCCCACGGCUUACAUGACCAACCACGUCCAGUCCGCCAUGGAAGCUAGAGGAAUCACCGAGCCGCAAACGAACGCCAAUUUGAGCGAGGAUGAGAAAGGCACUUCGAGUCGAGAUGAGGGAAUCGAUGUGGGCCAUACGGGCACGGUGAGCACGACAGAAGACGUUAAGUCGGCUUGA